GGCUGUGUUGCCAUUAAAUGUAAAGAAUGUAGAUAGUAAAUGAGAAAACUGAAAUAUAGUCAUGUUUUUGUUCUUCCGAUUCCUGGGAAUACUUCUACGCAAAAAGUUGGCGUUUUGGGGUCUGUUAACUGGUUUAGUCCUCUUCAUAUUCUGCUUCUACACAAAUAGUAUCAUCAAACAUACAAGAGAGUCAAGCCCCGAGCAUUAUGUUGGAGUUCAUAAACGUCUCCAGCAAUCCAACGAUAUUGAUGUUGAUCCAGUUCAAUUCAUUCCUGGUGUUCCAGGACUAUCAAGAUCUGCGCGCAAACUAGUUCCAAACCAACAAGAUGUCAGAAAUUCAAGACAAAAUAUCUUCCAGGAGGAGGCUUUAAAGCAUAGUUACAAUGGUGACCAAGCUGUUGAGACUGUAGAGAAGGGUAGAGAGGUGUUUUCACCUCAGAGCAGUGAUGGAGAAGACAAUGUUGAAUUUUCUAACAAUCAAAUCCAGUUUAACGCUUACGGGAAAAAUCCAGGGUAUAUUGAGAUUGGGAAAAAUAGUAGAAAUGACCCACCUGUAUAUUUUAAUCAGGCUGAUGUGAAUCUAGAUGGAUAUCAGAAUCAACAAGGUGGGUUUGCAUCUAGUUCUGAACCUUAUAUACCGGAGCAGAGGAUAGUUCAUCUAGAUUUCAAGGGAGCUCCACCUAGUGUAUCCUACUUGAAGCAGAUCCUUCCAAUGGUUAAAGAUCUCGGAGCUACUGGAAUACUAUGGGAGUGGGAGGAUACCUUCCCGUUCACGGGCAGAUUAGCUGCAGUGUCCACCUCAAACCAUUAUACAGUAGAGGAGGUCAAGCCGGCCAAACGAAUAUAUAGAUCAGGUAAACAAUUACAAGAAUAUAUAGAUCAGGUGAUGAAACUGCAUACUGGAGCUAAAUACGUCCAUAUUGGGUGUGACGAAGUUUAUCAUCUAGGAACAUGUGAACCUUGUUUAGAUCAAUCCAGGACAGUUAUAUUUAUCGAUCAUGUAUCUCGGACAGCUAAAUAUGUGAUAACCAAGUACAUCAGCAAACCUAUAGUCUGGGACGACAUGCUCAGGAAUUUUAUGGAGGAUGAAAUGUUGAAACUAGCAAGUCUAGUUGAACCAAUGGUCUGGGUUUAUGCAGAGGAUGUUUACAGGUUCAUGCCCCCCUACACGUGGGAGAGGUAUGCUCAAGUCUUUCCUUACCUUUGGACAGCAUCAGCUUUUAAAGGUGCACAUGGUGAGACCCUUGUGGUCCCAGAUGCUAAGAGACAUCUAGUGAAUAAUCUCUAUUGGAUUAAUGUUAUGAGGGAACAAGGACCUAAGCUUAAGGGAGGUUUUAGGGGCAUAGCACUAACAGGUUGGCAGCGGUAUGAUCAUUUUUCUGUUCUCUGUGAACUGCUGCCCGCAGGAUUACCCAGUCUUGCGAUAGAUCUGCUCUCUGUCAGCCAUGGGAGUUAUAAUGUAUCACUAAACUCAAAAUUCUUCCAAUCCCUCAGCUGUCCAGACAAUUACAGACGUCAGGUCAUUUUAAAUUUAAAAAUUAAUCAUGUGAAACUAAAGGUUACGGAGAAACUAGUUUUGUUGGAAAAAGAUGUUUUUGAGUUUUUAGAUAAGGCUGAGAGGAAAAAAGGCUGGUUAACCCAAUACAGCAAAGAUCAUCAUUUUGGUUCACCCUUCAGGAUAGAAGAGAUAAUGUCAGACUGGUCAAGAUUUCAACAUGAGGUUAUAUCCCUUAUGAAGGUGGCAAACUCAGCCUUAAGUGAGGUAUUUGAUCAUCACACAGUAGGGGAGUGGGUUGAAUUAAAACUGUAUCCGAUGUACAAGAAACUAUCCAUACUCAGGCAAGAAGCUGACGUCCUAAAAACAUCACUCUACUGGGAGAAACGUCCUUUUCCUGUUGCUAACUCCAUUUUAGACCUUGGUAUUGGGGUUCCCCCAACCUCCCCGCCCCCUCCAUCACAACAUGGUGAGAAGAGGCGUGUCUAUCAACAACCUGACUUAUACUCCAGCAAGAGUAGGCUACGAGCACUAGGAACCGUAUAGGGAGGAUUAAAUUAAUCCUUUUAGUCAAAUAUCUGAUAAAAUAGAAUACAGAUUUUAAAUGUAACUUAAAACCCCCAGCCUCUUGUUUCUUUGCGGAAGAAAUCCACGAAUCAUUCUUAAGAAAAUCUACGGAUCAAAAUGAAUGCACAAGACACGCUGUAUUACAGGAUAGUUUAUAGGAUCUUUAAGUUUCAAUUGUCAAAUCUUUUUAUAUAAGUAUACAGCCUGAAAAAAAAACAAUGUAAAUCUGAAUGUUUGCUAUCACAACAAUUUUUUAAAACUCUUGGUUGCGGUUAUUUAUAAUGAUCGUUUUGUAUUCUCUUUCUCCUUUCUUACUCAAUAAUCUUUUUACGACGUGUCUAAAAUGAUAAGUUUAUGUAAACCGUCCAUAAUAUUUAUAGCCCCAAAUUUAUAGAAAUAAGUCAAAUAGAUUAAUGCCGGACCUUUAAAUUAAAAUUUAUCUAAAGAGGUUCCAUCACUCUCCAGUUUGCCAUAAUAUCAACCCCCCCCCCCACCCCAUCUAAAA